UCGAGUGCGAGAACCCCGCGGCGUCUCGAGACCCAUCGCCUCAGUCUGCAGAUUAGAAGUUGUUGUUGCUUUGUGUGUGUAUGCUCCUCGUUUAACGCCGCUUGUUAGCGCCCGGCUAACGAAGGCUGGCACAAUGUGGACAGAGGUGGAGUUUCUGUCCGGCGAAGAACAAUCUGGCACUCGCCUGGGCUGUGGUUCCAGCCAGGAACGUGGGAAUGCCCUCUACCAGAUCGACACACUGCUCAAGGUGUCACCCUCCGAGAAGGUCCUCACCAGCCCACGUGUGUGGCUGCAGAGUAGCAAUGCUGGUUUUAUUCUAACAGUCGACAGCACCGUCACCCUACUCAGCAGCAAUCAGCUGUCUCUGCUACUUCAGCUGCAGUUCGACUCGCCGGUGGAUGUAGUGGGGCUUUGCCAGCGAGGUCACUUUCUGGUGGUGGGCGAGAGCAGUGGUUUUCUGAAUCUCAUCCACGUCGCCUCCCAGCGGAAGCUGAUGACCAAGUGUCUUCUUCAAGGAGAUCCAUUGAAAGGAAAUGGGUCGUACAUUGAUCUGAUACUGGAGCCAGACCCUUCUCAGAAUGAUGCCUACCAUAUGUUCCUUCUGUCGAGAAAAGGAUUCUUGUGGGUGUCAAACUUGCGGCUUGAGAAGCUUCAGGAAGCUUUGGAGACGGCAAACAUGACAACUGCCAAAGAGUGCCAAGAAAAAAUGAACAUCAAGUUCAUUUCAACUCAAGAUGUUCAUACGGACUAUAACAGCCAUGGUCUGGUCACAUUAGUAGAUGGCAGCCCACACCUGAUCAUUGCCGGCAAAGGUGACAUGGUGCUGUCAGAGUGGAAAUUGCAUACUGCGACACAGCAAGCCUCCAUGCAGAGGGCAGUGGAUGGACAUUUCAUGAAUGGUGCUGGCAUCCAAAAGUGCCUUGGAUUCAACAACUUCAUCUUCACGCUGGACGACAACCAUACGUUGAGCAUGUGGGACGUGUGUAGCCUGGUGCUGGUGUGGCAAUGGCCACCCGUCUCCGUGCAGGACUUUGGCCUCGUGACUGAUGGUGAUCUCAAGUCGGCUGAGAUGAGCAGCGUGAAACUCGUCAUUAUGACAACACCGAGUGAAGAAAAGGUGAGGUUUCUUCAGGUCUUCUCCCUCCCGGCCAUGGAGCAACUGUACUCGCUUGAAGUCACCAACCACUCAUUCCUGGCCCGGGCAGCUAUCACACAGGAAGCCAUUUACCUCCUGGAGGGCAUGUACGAAGGAGGAAGCAGGCAUCCAGACGGCGCCGUCUCCAUGCUGGUUCUGCGACAUCUGACCGAGGCGCUUCCCGAGAACCGACUGAGCCGCUUGCUGUGCAUGCAACAGUUUGAAGAGGCAGAAAAGUUUGCAAUUCAUUUCCACUUGGAUGUCGAGGUGGUGUAUAAUGUGAAGGUGACCGUCCUACUGCAAGAGCUCACCUUGGUAUCUCCUAGCAGCAAGAACGUUGAAUACCGGGCCCAGCUUGCCAAGCAGGCCCGGGCCACGCUGGAGAAAAUCCAGGAUGACUCUGCUGUGGUGCGAUACUGCCUUGACACCUGCUGGCCAAGCUUCGACGUGGCCGUGGAAGUACUCAGCUACUGCAAGAGCAGGAUUACAAAAGGCAGUGCUUGGGUGAAAAAUGAGCUGAUGACAGAGGUUUUACAGGUUCAGGACAGACUGAUGACUUUUCACGGAGCAUUCGGGGCAAAUAAUUUCAGUGGGCCCCAGUGGCUUUCAUUCAAGUUGACCGAUCUUUUCACCCAAGUGUUGGAGCAGCUUGAGCAACAGAACCUCGCUAGUGCCCAGUUCAUCUGGCUCCGACACCAGGUGGAGUUUGAGAAGGAGCUGGACUGCGUUCGGCUGAAGCAACUGCUUGCGGCGGUGCCCCGUGUGAUGCCUUCGUGCUCUCUGCUGCCUUGGCUCGCCACCCUGCUCGUGCCGUGUGUGCGCAGGCGUAUUCCUGGCGGACAGAAAAUUCUGGCAAAGUGGCUGGAUCAGAGAGCUCGUAGCCUGGAGCUUACGGAGAAGCAACAUUGGCCAGAAAACGGACUUCAAAUAGCAGAGGUCUUCUUCACAGCUGGGAUAUCGCCGACACAACUGGACCCCUUCUCUGCCCAGAUCAUCUUAUCCCAGAGCGAGUUUGAGUGCAAGGAAGUACAGCAGCUGCAGGCACUGGUUCACAGCAUCCAGGAGUUGCUCGCUCUGCACCGCAAAUACAGCUGCCCUCUUUCUCUCUCCAACUUCGAGAAGGAGACGCGCACGACAAUCGUUUUCCGCAUGCUCGACCAAGUGGCAGCGCCGCAGCUCGUGGCGCCCACGUUGGAGCGCGUGGUACGGCCCUACCUGCAGGAGCGUGGCCUGGCGUACGACAGCCUGCUCGUGCACUACAUCAAGGACCUGCUGGAGCGCUGCAGCAGCCGCUCCAUGUCAUUGUUCGAGACAGCUUGGGAGGCAAAGGCCAUGGCUGUGGUGGCCUGCAUGUCCGACACUGAUUUGAUCUUUGACGCAGUGCUGCAAAUCAUGUACAAGGCGGUGGUGCCCUGGAGCCAGGCUGUGCAGCAGCUGGUGCAGGAGCACAUGCAAAUGCAUCAUCCCAAGGUGAAGCUUUUGCAGGACAGCUACCGGAUGAUGGAGAUGAAGAUGCUUCUGCGCAGAUAUGGCAUUCGCAACUUCAACCUGUCCAACGACAAACAAGCUGAUACGCUAGUGCGAUGCAUACUGCGUCAAGACUUGCCCUUGUCAUUCGAGGAUGCCCUCAAGGUGACCAAGGCGUACAUGCUGCCCUUGGGGCAGACCUAUCUCCGUCGUGCCCACCAACUGCUCGUCUCAGACCGGAUGGAAGAAUGUGUGGAGUUGCUACAAUCUCUGCCGUUGGACGAUGCGAUGGUGACCGGGCAACGGCUUUUGCAAAGAGUCGAACUCGAGUUGCAGAGUCCCUUCAACCGGACACACGAGGGGAAGGCUAAGCUGAAGAAGCUAACCGAGUACUGCAUCCCGAUUCUCAAGUUCCUUAUUUUACAUACAGAAAACGUCUUCAAACUGAAAGAGCUCAACGUGAAUUUAAACACUUUCCAGUCCAUUUAUAAAUUGCAGCACAAGUUUGGCAUUUACCUGUCGUGCGAGGAGUACGAGUGCAGCGCUGGCCACUCUACCCUGCUGGCGCACUUCUCUGCCGCGUUCACCACCGAGAGUGACGACCUCCCCAGCGACGGCCCCACUCGCGGCCCACCGCAGGCCCCGCAGAGUGCAGCGAAGCUCAGUGUGGUGAGCUGCCGCGGCGUCAGCGAGGGGGGCGAGGGCAGCGAGGCGUCCGAGCGCUGCCCCCAGAACAUGGUGGAGCUGCAUGAGUUGGCCGCGCUGCUCGGGGUCGGGCGGCAUGACCUUGCUCGCGGGCUCGCUGGGCACGCGCUGUCCACCGGAAAGGUCCAGAAGGCCAUCGACAUCUGCAGGGGGGAGCUCGACGGUGCUCUGAGCCCUCACGCGUCGGCCGAGUUGGCGUUCUGGGUGGUGCAGCAACUAUCCACGAGGCUGGAGAAUGAUGAGCACAUGGAGGUGCCACCCACGCUCAACCUGCCCGCCGAGAUGCACACGCUCUGCCAGUUCGCCACCGCAUACUGCCACCCCGACAUCCUGCUCGAUUGUCUGGAGUUGAGCAAGAACACGCGCGUCGCCUUGGCCAUUUACGAGCAGUGCCAGACUGAAGACUACGGCUUUGUGGCCAAGGACUCGGCUGGUGCGGACAAGGAUCCCUACCAGGAGUGGACGUUCGAAGAGUACUUCCGUGAGGAUGGCAUCGUGCUCGAUCCCGUGCAGACGCUCCCGGUUGUCUACGAGCUCACCGCCCUCGUUGGCCCGCGCAAACACGGAAAACGGUUCCCUCUGGAUUGCACGGCUCUUGCCCUGAGAUCUGAAGGGUUAUCGCGGAAGUCCGGUGCAGAAACGAGCGAGGUGAUGCAGGUGUACACGCCUCUGGUGGCCCUGCUGCACAGCCUGCGUGAGGCCAGCCAGCUGCAGCUCGCCCUCAUGGCUGUGUUACGCCUCUUCGCCGCGUGCCACCAGCACAUCUUCACCAACAUCGUCAGCAAAGCGAUCGCCACUGGGCUGCACGGCCAGCAAUGGUAUGACGAGCAGAAGACGCUUCUCUUCACGUUAUCCAACACGGUGAUGGAUAUUAUCAAGCCGGUUGCUUUGGCUCUCGUACACAAGGUGUUGAAUUCUCGCGCUGUGGACAAGAGCCUUGCUCUGAGCUACUGCCUCAUGCUGCAUCCUGAUGUCGCCUUCGAGAAACUGUGGUCCCUUGUCAAAAACGCACAGAAUAACUACCCCCGCAUCUUGUCGAUGGCCGUUGUUGGCGGGUGGCUGGCAGAGAUGCAGAGCAGCCCCGACCAAGCCAAGUGCUUUGCAGAGCUCUACACUGAUGCGCAGUGGGGAGUGAAGCUCAGCCGCCUCGGGGUGGCGUUCCACUCCGUGUUCUGCAUGUCUCACGCCACCAAGGGCAACCUCAUUCCAGCUCUGGUGAGCUCCCCAAAUAUGGACUCUGAUCUCCUUCUGCAGUACUGCAGCGAGUACGGAUUGGAGAGCGAUGCGGCGCUGCAGCAGUACAUCGAGACGCUGCUGCUGCUCCCGCUGUGCCAGUCGGGCGACCUCGUCCCGGUUGCCGCUGCUCCUCCGUUGCGUGGUGCCGACGAAGGCGGCGACGCGGCAGAGGAAGAGAGAAGGAAGGCCGAGCAGGCCCGUCGCAUUGAGAAGGCCUUCGCCGUCAUCCCCUGCCUCUCCAAACAGGACGACUUUGUGCUCAAUCUGACGGCGAAGCUGCAUAAGUUGAGUCCAUAUGACUACAAUGGCAUUGAAGUGAUUCUCAAGGCCAUGCAGGUCGCAGAUUCCGACAUAAUGCACAUAAACGUGGAACAGGCCCUGGAGCUGCUGAGGCACCUAAACUCCUACCGCCGGAUCUCACCUCCCGGGAAACUCGAGGAGCAGGGCUGGACCCUGCAGAUAGCACCGCUCGCCGCCACACGCCUGCCCUUCCACCUGCUGCCCUUCAACCCGCAGCACUUCUGGACGGUUAUCACUCCAGAGCUGAGCGAGGACACACUCCCCACCCUCGUGCUCAUUGCCAAGCUCCUGAAGAUGCCGCUGGACAAACUCUACCUGUCCGCCAUCAAACACGUCUUCGAGAAGUCCCUCAAACCCAAGAUCCUGCACCGUUCGUUGGAGAGGACGAAAGCCACCGCUGCCGCCACAGCCGGGGCACAAGCCACUAGGGUGGCACCCUAUAGAACUUCUGCUUCUUCCUCCUCCUCCUGCCUAACGAUCGACAAGGAGGCGAUGGAUACCGUGCAGAAGCUGUACUCCUAUGUGCUCGCGAUCCAGAACCCUGAGUGGGCUAACGCCAUUGCCUCGUGCAUCGCCCAUGAGCUACCAUCAGGUCCGGAGAAGGUUCACGUUCUCAACCUGUGCAUUAUACUGGCCCAGCGCUGGCUGAGCAGCAUACCAAAGGGCGAGGAGGGCAAAAAUGACACGGCAAAUGCAUGCAGGCUGCUGGAAAAGAUGACCGUGCAAUAUCGGCGCUCGGCCACGGAGAACUGCCUGAAUAACCACGGCUUGUCUUCACUCGACACCCUAUCCAUGCUCUCCACGCCCGCCAAGCUCAUCGUCUGCCUCUAUGACCACGCCAGCAUCCUUGAGCGUGCCGCCAACCCCAUGCUCGGCGAUUACCCUGAUAUACACGCGGCGGUGAACGAGAUCGGAGAGGUGAACAAGACGGACGUACGGAAAAUUCGCGUGAUGCUGCUGCAGCAGUGGCUGAACCCGCCCAGUGAUUCAUCUGAACAGUGGGGACUGGACGGUGGGGUGCAACCAUGUGAUCUUCAUACAGACAGCAGCCUGGCAAAGAUAAUGUACUUGCUGCAAACCCUGCCCCUGGACUACAGCACCCGCGGACUGAUUACCAUUGCCAAUGGCCAGUCGAUGUCGGACGCGAAGGUGACUUACAGACAGCGCGCGCGAGCGCUGCAUUGCCUCCUCCGCCUAGCGGACGCCCCCACCAUCGAGUCCAUCACUAAGCAGCCUCUGGAGAAAGUCCGAUACGACCUGCACUCCUACCUGUACCUGGCCCAGUUUGAAGCCCUGUCCAUUCCUUACACGGUCGACUCGUUCCACAACAGUUCCAAAGAAGGCUUGAUCAAGGGGCUCUGGAAGAAUCACAACCACGAGCCCAGGGCUGUGCGGUUGGUGGCCGAACUGAGCUUGGAUUUUGGAGUGUACGACCUGCAACUCUGGAGUGGAGUCCUGCAGAAGCUUCUGGCCUUCAACAUGAUCGAUUACCUGCGAGUGGUAUUGGUUAGGAUCACACCCAUCACGUCUCUCUGGCAGGUUCCAAAUUUUGCAAGAACGUGGAGGUCUGUCAUCUCAACACCACUGAUCGAAGCUUCCUGCCCUUUGACUCCCAAACAAAAGGAUGAUUGCCAUCACUCUUUCUUGUUACUGCUCAGAUGCCCUGUUCUCGCCGACCUGGACCUCCUGGCUGUCGGCAAGAUGUUUUCCCUGCUGGGGCAGCUCGCAUUCACGCUGGGCUCCCUGCUGCUUGUCCCCGUCUCUCAGAAGCGCACCCUUCAGCUCCAGGGCUUCCUCUCCUCGUGCUGUCUGGACACGCUUCUGACACAGGUCUCGGAGGACGUGGACAAGACGGAAUUCUCGGGACUUGCACUCCAGCUGCGUAACGUGGUGCUGAGUCACGUGUUUGAGAAGUCGAAGUUCGAGCGACUACUCGGCUCUGCACACUGGUCUCUGGUGUUGAACUACGCUGCUUCCGUGGAGGCGACCCCCAGAUCUCUGCUCGCCUUCCUUUCCCAGCAUGGCCGUCGGAGCGAGGCUGUGGAGCUGCUGAACCACAAGAUACGCCGUGGCGAGGAGUUAGAUUCCAGCCAUUCCCCAGAAGACCUCUUGGAGCAGGUCCUGAAGGCCAGAGUUUGGAAAUCUGAAGACGUCUCGCGCAGCUGGAUUUUCACGAGAGUUAACAAUCGCUGA